AUGGCCGGACUCACGCUCCAGUCAACUUAUAAGUUGGUGUCUGGGUUUGAGAUUCCAGUUGUUGGUUUUGGUGUUUACCAGACACCUGCCGAUGUCACUGAAAAAGUCACUUUGAAGGCUCUGGAACUAGGAUACCGCCAUGUUGACUGUGCCAAAGUCUACCAGAAUGAGAAGGAGAGCGCCACGGCGAUCCGCAACUCUGGCCUUGAUCGGUCGCAGAUUUUCUACACCAGCAAGGUCCCACGGUCAUGCAUGGGCUACGAGAAGGCCAAGCAGGCCAUCGAGGAGAGUAUUGCUGCUGCCAACAUUGGAUACAUUGACCUGUACGCAAUCUCCUCUUGA